UCUCUCUCGCGCGCUGCGAUUCUUCGAGGAACGCGAGAGGCCUCUGCGCAUGAGGGCCACCGGAGAGCACGCCGCCGCCAUCCCCGUCCGCGCGUCGCCGUCGCCGUCGCCGCCGCCCCACACGGAGGACGACGCCGAGCGGAGGCGCCGACGCCGGCCCGCGCGCCGCCCCAAGCAGGCCACCCCGCCCCCGCAGGUCGACGCGGCGGGUCCGAGCCCCUGCAGAUCGAUGCCGCCCAUGCGCGCCGACUCCCGGCUCGACGCCGUGGCGCUGGCCGAGGCGGCCGGGACGAGCCGGUCCUGCCCCCUGCUGCCCACGCCGUCCCGCGUGGAGGCGCGCGGUCCGGUGGUGGGGACGGGCGGGGGAGCUCCCAGGAGGCUCUUCUUCCCGCCCUACUGGCCCGAGCAGGUCGUGGAGGACGCCCUCAAGAGAGGGAAUGUCUUCUCGGGGAAGUUCCGCGUGAAUGCUCACAACCGAAACGAGGCGUACUGCACGAUCGAUGGCAUCCCUGUGGAUGUUCUCAUUACUGGGCCGGCGCAAAACCGAGCAAUUGAAGGUGAUGUUGUUGCCAUCACAUUGGAUCCUGUUGUUUACUGGACUAGAAUGAAAGGGCAGAACAUUGCAUGCAACCCUGCCACUGGAGGAGUUUCUGUUGCUCGGGAAGUUAGUGAAACAAACGGGAACCAUAGUUUGAAGAAAGGACAGGCAGAUGCCAGCUGCAGGUUUGAAAAGUGCAGUAAUGGCCAACCUGUUCCGGACAGGAUGCAUAACCAUCACAAGAACAGUGGUUUUAGUCAAGCUGUUAUUUGUGAAAAUGGGCAUGCUACUGUCCCAGUGAAUUAUGAAAACCUGGAUGAAGCUAAGACCGAGUUUGCAAGAGCAUUACAGAGGAUCUGUUCUGUGAUAUACAAUCACCCAAGCAGACGCCCUACCGGGAAAGUAGUAUCUGUCAUAAAGAAGUCUCCUCGCCGUAGUACUGUUGUAGGUUUCGUUGCUCCUUUCUCAGAUUUCCCCGAUGGAGAGCAGAGAAAUCAGAUGACUGUGCAGGGUUCCAAGAGGAUGAACCAUAUAUCAUCCUCAAUUUUCACGGGCUUGGUUCAAAUCUUGCCUACUGAUCCCAAGUUCCCGCAGAUGAUUGUUAGUAUCAGCACUUUGUCAGAUGGUAUCAAACAGAGGCUGAAAGAAGGUGAUACAACUAUUUGGAAGGAAUUAGUUGCUGCACAGAUUGAUGAAUGGAAUGAGGAAAGUCCCUAUCCCUGGGCUUGUGUCGUACAGUUCUUGGGAAAGGGUGGACAGGUUGAAACACAUAUGGAUGCUAUACUGUUUGAGAAUGCAAUAUCUGAUGUUGAAUUUUCCCCUCAGUCCAUGGCAUGUCUCCCUGACACUUGCUGGAAGAUUCCGCAAGAAGAACUUGCAGCAAGAAAGGAUCUGAGAAAUGUUUUGACCUUAACAAUAGACCCUCCUACUGCUUCGGAUCUUGAUGAUGCAAUAUCUAUUGAGACACUUUCUGGAGGAAUUGUCCGUAUUGGGGUCCAUAUUGCGGAUGUUUCUUACUUCGUUCAUCCAGAGACUGCAUUAGAUGCUGAGGCUCAGAUUCGGUCUACCAGUGUUUACACCUUGCGACGUAAAGUAUCAAUGUUGCCUUCAAGACUUUCAGAAGAACUAGUUUCGCUUAAUCCUGGGGUAGACAGGCUUGCCUUUUCAGUUAUUUGGGACAUUGAUCCUCAUGGCAGCAUAGUUAAUCGCUGGAUUGGUCAUACCAUUAUCUUUUCAUGCUGCAAGCUGUCAUAUGAUCUCGUGCAAGAUCUGAUUUCUAGUGAUUCGAGCCAGUUUAGAUCUGCAGCUGCAUCUCUUCAAGUGCAUGGCAUGUUUAAACAUGAGGAUGUUAUAAAGUCUCUUCGAUGCCUCUAUGAGAUCUCGAAAAAUCUGAAGGAUAUUAGAUUCAAGGGUGGAGCUCUUUCUCUUGACACUUCAAAGCCCACGAUCCUAUUUGAUGAAGAUGGGGCUCCAUGCGAUAGCUAUCGCUAUAAAAGGAAUGAUGCAUGUUUCAUUGUCGAGGAGUUGAUGUUGUUGGCAAAUAUGUCAGCUGCAGAAGUUAUAUCCAAUGCAUUCCCUGAUUGUGCUUUACUUCGUAGGCAUCCUGAACCUAAUCCACGGAAGCUGAAAGAAUUUGAGGCAUUUUGUGCUAAAAAUGGGUUUGGAUUGGAUUCUUCAUCAUCCGGUCAACUUCAUCUUUCAAUUUGCAGAAUAAAGGAAGAGUUGCAAGAUGAUCCUGUUAUGUUUGAUAUUCUCAUGUUUUAUGCUUCAAAGCAAAUGCAGUCUGCAGAAUACUUUUGCACAGGGGACCUGAUAAGCAAGAAGGAUGAUUGGGCUCAUUAUGCGCUAUCUAUCCCUUUAUAUACACACUUCACUUCACCACUUCGAAGGUAUCCUGAUAUAAUCGUUCACAGGACACUGAAUGCAGUAAUUGAGGCUGAACAGAUGUAUCUGAAGCAAAGGAAAAUAUCCACUGGGCGGAAUGGAGUGAAAGCUACAUCUUGUGAAGUUGUGAGUAGAUGCUUUACAGGCCUUCAAUUUAGUAAGGAUGCUGCUGAAUCCAAAGAAGGGAGAGAAGCACUGUCUGCUGCAGCUAAGAAGUUUAAGGUCCCCAACUCUGAAGAUCUUGGGGAGGCUGCUGAACACUGUAAUGAAAGGAAGUGGGCCAGUCGCCGUGCAGAAGAAGCUGGACAAAAGCUCUACAUGUGGGCUCUACUAAAGAGGAAUGAGACCCUGGUCUCCAAUGCUAGAGUACUGGGGCUUGGACCAAGGUUCAUGUCAGUUUAUGUGCCCAAACUCUCGAUGGAACGGAGGAUAUACUAUGAUGAAGUUGAGGGAUUAUCUACUGAAUGGUUGGAAGCCACUGGAACCUUGGUGCUUGAUGCAUGCAGGAAUAAGCCCCAAAAGAGGGGAGGCCAGUUCAGAUGCAGUAGAGCAAUUGAGGAAGUCGCGGUGGUGGUGAACCCAUCCGAUCUAAUGUUACCUGAAGACAGAGACGAAUCAGGAGCAACUGAGACUACUGUGGACUCAGUUUUGCUAAGCGAUGAGGCAGUGAAACUUGAAGUUGCCCCAGCGGUUCUGCCCAUGGUGAUAAGCUACCUGAGCGACAUCCCCGUGGUUCUUCAUGCAAUUGGUGGCGAGGAUUGUCCGGUGGACAUCGGAGUAAGACUAUACUUGUCGUCAUACUUCAAGUGACCAGAAACAGCUCAUCAUGACAGAGAACUAUCUGUGAAUUUAACUUCGUCCUAGUCGAACAAGACAAUCGUAAUAAAACGUGACAGAAAGGUAGCGGUAAAAAGUCGGUCAGGGUUCAGCAGGAAAACAUGUCAAAGUUAGUGUUGUAGAUACUCCUAUCUUUACUGUUCUCCGUUUCUUAUUCACCUCCCUGUGGCAUCCAAAUGAUCGUGUGGUCAAGUGGCCUUCCUUUUCGCUCCAGAGGCCGCCUGACCAGGCGACUCAUAUUGGCCGUAGUGUUGUGUAUGUGCCAGUGAUGUAUUCACUAGUUCCUCCUCUAGUACUUUUUCUUUUAGUGUGAAUCCACCUGCUAUUUUUUUACUGGUGGGUUCAUGCAUUUGAUGUUUUGUUACUUCUGAAAGAAAGGAAUAUCGCUGCUGAGCCCUGUUCGAAGAAUAUGUCCAAGCUAUUCUGGCCCCAAAUAAAAUGUAUUGGCACCUCAUCUGUUGUACCUUUUGUGUUCA